UUCCCUCCUCAAUGCCCAACCCAAGUUCAAAGGCUGAAGAGAGAAAAACUCAUGAGGAAAUUUUACUCUAGGGAAAGUUGUUCAGUGGAUGGGAUCCUGUCCUGGCGCACGGGGAAAGAUGUUAGGCUCUUCCUGGCUCCUUCUCAGCUUUGUUGCUGUGACUGCUGCUCAGUCCACCAUCGAGGAACUGGCCAAGACAUUUUUGGACAAGUUUAACCAGGAAGCUGAAGACCUGGAUUAUCAACGUUCACUUGCUUCUUGGAAUUAUAACACAAAUAUCACAAAGGAGAAUACCCAAAAGAUGAAUGAGGCUGAGGCCAAAUGGUCUGCCUUUUAUGAAAAGCAGUCAAAGCUUGCUAAAGCUUAUCCACUACAAGAAAUUCAAAAUUUCACACUCAAGCGUCAAUUGCAGGCCCUUCAGCAGAGUGGGUCUUCAGCGCUCUCCGCCAAUAAGAGGGAACAGUUGAACACAAUUCUAAAUACGAUGAGCACCAUCUACAGUACUGGAAAAGUGUGUAACCCAAAAAAACCUCAAGAGUGCCUACUACUUGAGCCAGGUUUGGAUGGAAUAAUGGCAAAUAGCACCGACUACAAUGAGAGGCUCUGGGUUUGGGAAGGCUGGAGGUCUAAGGUUGGCAAGCAGCUGAGGCCAUUAUAUGAAGAGUACGUGGUCCUGAAAAAUGAGAUGGCAAGAGCAAACAAUUAUGAAGACUAUGGGGAUUAUUGGAGAGGAGAUUAUGAAGCAGAGGGAGCAGAUGGUUAUGGCUAUAACCACAACCAGUUGAUUGAAGAUGUGGAACGUACAUUUGCAGAGAUUAAACCAUUAUAUGAACAUCUUCAUGCUUAUGUGAGAGCAAAGUUGAUGAAUACCUAUCCUUCCUAUAUCAGUCCAACUGGAUGCCUUCCUGCUCAUUUGCUUGGUGAUAUGUGGGGUAGAUUUUGGACAAAUCUAUACUCUUUGACAGUUCCCUUUCCAGAGAAACCAAAUAUAGAUGUUACUGAUGCAAUGAUAAAACAGAACUGGAAUGCGGUGAGGAUCUUCAAAGAGGCUGAGAAGUUCUUUGUAUCUGUUGGCCUUCCUAAUAUGACUCAAGGAUUCUGGGAAAACUCCAUGUUAACUGAGCCAACAGAUGGCCGGAAAGUGGUCUGCCACCCUACAGCUUGGGAUCUACAGAAGGGUGACUUCAGAAUCAAGAUGUGCACAAAAGUGACAAUGGACAACUUCCUGACAGCUCAUCAUGAGAUGGGACACAUCCAGUAUAACAUGGCAUAUGCCAUACAACCUUACCUGCUAAGAAAUGGAGCUAAUGAAGGGUUCCAUGAAGCUGUUGGGGAAAUCAUGUCACUGUCUGCAACUACACCUAAGCAUCUGAAAUCCAUUGGUCUUUUGCCAUCUGAUUUUCGUGAAGACAAUGAAACAGAAAUAAACUUCCUGCUCAAACAAGCACUAACGAUUGUUGGAGCUCUACCUUUUACUUACAUGUUGGAGAAGUGGAGGUGGAUGGUCUUUAAGGGUGAAAUUCCCAAAGAUCAGUGGAUGAAAAAGUGGUGGGAGAUGAAGCGAGAGAUAGUUGGGGUGAUGGAGCCUGUGCCUCAUGACGAAACAUACUGUGACCCCGCAGCUCUAUACCAUGUUUCUAAUGAUUUCUCAUUCAUCCGAUAUUACACAAGGACCAUUUAUCAAUUCCAGUUUCAAGAAGCCCUUUGUCAAGCAGCUAAACAUGAAGGCCCCCUCCACAAAUGUGACAUCUCAAAUUCCACCGAAGCUGGGCAGAAGCUGCUCAAUAUGCUGCGUCUUGGAAAGUCAAAACCCUGGACCUUAGCACUGGAAAAUGUGGUAGGAGCAAGGAACAUGGACGUAAGACCACUGCUCAACUACUUUGAACCAUUGUUUGGCUGGCUGAAAGACCAGAACAGGAAUUCUUUUGUUGGGUGGAACACCAACUGGAGCCCUUAUACUGACCAAAGCAUCAAAGUGAGGAUAAGCCUAAAAUCAGCUCUUGGAGAAGAAGCAUACCAAUGGAAUGACAAUGAGAUGUACUUGUUCCGGUCAUCUGUGGCUUACGCCAUGAGAAUGUAUUUUUCAAAAGUCAAAAACCAGACCAUUCCUUUUGGAGAGGAGGAUGUAUGGGUGAGUGAUUUGAAACCAAGAAUCUCCUUCAACUUCUUUGUCACUACACCUCAAAAUGCGUCUGACAUUAUCCCUAGAACUGAUGUUGAAAAGGCUAUCAGGAUGUCCCGGGGCCGCAUCAAUGGAGUGUUCCGCCUGGAUGAUAACAGCCUGGAAUUCCUGGGGAUUCAGCCGACACUUGGACCUCCUUACCAGCCACCUGUCACCAUAUGGCUGAUUGUUUUUGGAGUUGUGAUGGGAUUGAUAGUGGUUGGCAUUGUCAUCCUCAUCUUCACUGGGAUCAGAGAUCGAAGAAGGAAAAAUCAAACAAAACGAGAAGAAAAUCCUUACGCCGAAUCCUCCAUGGAAAUGGGUAAAGGAGAAAAUAAUCCAGGAUAUCAAAACAAUGAUGAUGUUCAGACUUCAUUUUAG